UUUUCGCCAAUGAAUAGUAAAUAGUAAUCAAAAAAGGCGCUAGAGGCACCAGCGGCGUUUCAGGCAGGCUGUGUGAUGGCGUCUUUCAAACGCGCGUCUUCGCUAGCUUUCGUAGAGACGCUGCUUUCUAGUCGUUAGUUUUCGUCAACCAGCUUACUAGGUGCGUUUUUGUGGUGCAGUUGCUUACGUUGAGCCAUUUCAACAUGAACGCGCAGACAUCUAGUAGUGCGCGCAGUGAAAGGACGUUCGGACAAGUGGUGAUCGGGCCACCCGGAUCGGGUAAAAGCACUUACUGUAAGGCCAUGCGCGAGUUGUGCACAGCAAUCGGACGCUCGGUAGCCGUGGUGAACUUGGACCCAGCGAACGAUGUGCUCCCCUACGAGGCAGAUGUUGACAUCAAAGGACUCGUCGAACUUAGCGACGCGAUGGACGUGUAUGCGCUCGGUCCCAACGGUGCCCUCGUCUACUGCAUGGAGUAUUUGGAGAAGAACUUCGAUUGGCUGUGUCAGCAGCUGGAGAAAGUUCGCGGUUGCUACCUCUUUAUCGACUGUCCUGGACAGGUGGAACUCUACACGCACCAUGCGAGUGUGCGGAAUGUUGUGUCUCGACUGCAAAAGCUGGGCUACCGGCUUUCGGCCACCCACCUUGUCGAUUCCCAUUACUGCAGCGACCCAGGAAAGUUCAUCUCGGUCUUGCUGACUUCCUUGGCUACCAUGAUGCACAUGGAACUACCUCACAUCAAUGUGCUCUCAAAGGUGGACUUGGCAGAGCAGUAUGGAAAGCUUCACUUCGGUUUGGACUACUACACUGAUGUGAUGGAUCUGUCUUUCCUGGCCGAUGUUCUCUCUGAGGAUCCCAUCCUCAAGAAAUACAAGAAAAUGAACGAAGCGCUGGCGGGAAUUAUUGAAGACUACAGCCUUGUCUCGUUUCUGCCACUGAAUGUUCAGGAGAAAGAGUCCAUGUGGAGUGUUCUGAAGGCGUGUGACAAAUGCAACGGGUAUAUUUUCAGCCAGUCCGAAGAGCAACACAUGAUGAAUCUAGCCAUGGGAUCAGACACCCAAUCUCAAGAUGCAAUUGCCAGGCUUCGCGAGCGUUUGGAGACGUCGGGAACGACUUGUAUUGUUGAAGACGAGGAGGCCAUGGAUGACAUAGACUAAAAUAAGUUUUUAAAUUGAAGCAAGAACUGCUGUCU